AUGUCGGACAUCAAAGUCACACCUCUGGCCCCCCCAUCCGGCUCAGACAUACAUUUUGGAGCCACCGUCACCAACGUCGACGUCGAAAAGUUGACUGACUCCGACUUUGACAUCCUGCACUCCGCUCUGUUCAAGCACCAAGUCCUCAUCCUCAAGGGCCAAUCGCACGUGUCCCCGGCAGCGCAGUACGCCCUGACGCAGCGGUUCGACCCGUCAGCCGCCGGGUCUUACGGGCACGGCAAGACGGUCGACGCCAAGCGGUCGGUCCUGCACCCGGAUCUCAAGACGAUCCCGCACCAGCCGCAGGUGCAGGUGAUAGGCAACGGGUUCGUGCCGUCGUACGAGGGCCUGACGGACGUGCAGCUCCGCCACCCGCACCACCGCACAUUCCACGAGACCGUCAUCCCCGACGCCGACGACCUGGACUAUACCCGCUUCUACAGGUGGCACAUCGACGCAGCGCUGUACGGGCUCGCGCCGCCCGUCGCCACCACCCUGCUGGCCGUCAGGGUGCCCAAGGGCAGGACCCAGGUGGUCCGCUACGACGACGGCACGGGCGACGAGCUCUCCGUGCCGCUGGGCACCACCGCCUUCGUCGACGGCAGGGACAUGUACGCCUCCCUCGGCGAGGAGGACAGGCUCCUCGCCCGCACCACCCGCGUCGAGUACGCCGCCCACCCCUACAUCUGGAUGUCCACGGCCAAGUCCCGCCCCACCGGCCUCGGCAUGGUCAGCCGCGGCCUGGAGCUCGCCGACGACGAGCUGCCCGCCGUCGAGACGGACAAGAUCCAGAUCCUGCCCAUGUGCUGGAGGAACCCCGUCACCGGCGAGCUGUCCCUCCAGAUCCACCCUUCGGCCGUGCGUCGCCUGCACCUCGCCGACGGCUCCGUCGUGGACGACCUCGAGCAGGUCAGGGAUAUCGUCUACCGCCUCCAGAGACCGGGUAUCGCCCCUGCCAAGGUCUACCCUCACGACUGGGAGGAGGGCGACCUCGUCAUCUUCCACAACAGGGGUGUUCUGCACUCGGUCGUCGGCGCUUUCGCUCCGGACGAGGUCAGGUUGUUCCGACAGUGUAACAUCGCCGGGAGCUCCUUGCCUGUCGGGCCUGAUGGUGUGACGGUCUAA